AUGGGGACACAAAAGCCGAGGAAAGGCAAGCGACCUCGACGUGAAUCAAGCGACGAACUGUGUAUCGAGGAGAUGUCACCGGAUGAUAUGGGAUAUGAUGGAGACGUCGAGGUUCUUCGCCCUGAUCAAUACGAAGAUGCAGAGUCCGAUUUCGAGGAUGACAAAGCCCUGGGGCGGUUAUGGCCCGACACAGAUGACGAGCUUGCGGGCAGACUAAGAAGAUUGUCCUGUGAUCCCCAAAUCAUCCCCCUAGCACACCGAGAUGACAGUGACCGUGGGCGAAAGCGUCGGUCGAGAGAGAUGGAUGACGAGGAUCUUAGUCCGCUGACUAGGAGCCCAGAGAUUGAGGUGUCUGAAUUGGUGGAUGGUCCAACUGAUCAGCCAGCACCCAAGCGACGCAAGCACAAGAGCAGCAAGCAGAGCAUGGCGCCCCGGGUUAUUAAAAAGCAGGCCCUAGAAGCCUGGUCUGACAGCUCAGAUAAGACUGAUGAUCGGGAGGCCACGAUUGAAGCGUCAGACUCAGAGACCCCAGAUGCCAGAUCCACCCCUGCACCGGGGGAUGGAGAGCUCGAUGUUAUGGACAUUGGAUGA